UGAAGACUUUGAGUGUGACACAGACAGACCACGCUUGGUCCAGGAACUCGCUUCAACAACAUGGAGCCACUCUCAGAGGUACCUUUCUUGGAUGAGGGUCUUACCAUGCAGAACACAGCAGGGUGCCCCUCCUCCCUCUCCCUUUUUAGGCCCCGCCCCCGAGCCUGGCGAUGAUGUUUACAUGCGCUUCAUGCUUAGCCACUGUUGCUAUGACGCCAUACCCACGAGCUCCAAACUGGUCAUCUUCGACACGACGCUGCAGGUGAAGAAGGCCUUUUUCGCUCUGGUGGCCAAUGGCGUGCGAGCCGCCCCACUGUGGGACAGCAAGUUACAGAGCUUUGUAGGUAUGCUGACCAUCACAGACUUCAUAAACAUUCUCCACCGCUACUACAAGUCUCCCAUGGUACAGAUCUAUGAACUGGAAGAGCACAAGAUUGAGACAUGGAGAGAGAUCUUUCUGCACUGCUCCAACUCUCUCAUCAGUAUCACACCUGAUGCCAGCUUGUUUGAAGCCAUCUACUCGCUUCUGAAGAAUAAGAUCCACAGGCUGCCGGUCAUCGACCCCGAGUCUGGGAACGUCCUGCACAUCCUUACUCACAAACGCAUCCUCAAGUUCCUGCACAUUUUCGGCACCAUGAUCCCCAAACCAGGGUUCCUGCAGAAGCGCAUCGAGGAGGUGGCCAUAGGAACGUUCACAGAUGUCGCCACGGUUCAGGAGACGGCCUCGGUGCACGACGCGCUGGCCAUCUUCGUGGAGCGGCGAGUAUCUGCUCUGCCUGUCGUCAACGAGAAAGGGAAGGUUGUUGCCCUGUACUCCAGGUUUGAUGUGAUUAAUCUAGCGGCUCAGAAGACCUACAACAACCUGAACAUGACGAUGCGAGACGCCAUCGCCAGUCGCUCCUGCUGUAUGGAGGGGGUGCUCAAGUGCUACCCCCACGAGACCCUGGAGGCCAUCAUCGACCGCAUCGCCAAGGCUGAGGUGCAUCGGCUGGUGCUAGUGGAUCAGGAGGACAUAGUGAGGGGCAUCGUCUCGCUGUCGGACCUGCUGCAGGCGCUGGUCCUGACCCCGGCAGAGACUACAGAGAGCGCAAGCACUGAGGCCUUAACUCACAUGGGCAUAACGCCCACCGGAUGAAGAUCAUGUACAUGUCUCAGAACGCUCAGCUGGCGUCUCAAAGGCCUAUUCUAAUGCUUGAUGAUAGGAAGGGCUGAGAAUAUGUGCAUACUUUCCAUAGACAUGUAUGUAUUUGUGUAAUGGUGUUUUAGUUUUUUAUGAUUCUAUUCAUUUUGUAUGAGCAUCCUAAUGAAAGACUCCAAGGAUUGUGUUUAUCCUCCUGGAAGACUUCAAGGAGGAUUAUGUUAUUUGUUAUUUAUAUUUAUGCCUUAGUUAUCCAUGUUUGCAGUUGCAAGCAUCACUUGCCCAGAGAUGUAUAGACUUGCCUGUCCUCUGUCCAAGGGUUAGUUUUUUAACACUGUUAAUGCAGGAUACAACUGCAAGCCAAACUAAAAAGUUUGGAAGGACUUUCUACAUGAUCUCUUAUGUGUUCCUGAUUUUGGUGAUAGCAGUGACUGUAUUUUUGCACGUGGAUAAAGCACUAGGUACACAACGGCUGUGCAAAGUCAUGUUUUAUAACAAAUAACCAGCAGGCCUAUGUCAACGUUGUUGGUAGCCUAUUAUUUCUUGUGAUUGGAUGGGUCAAGUCUGCAUUUGAACAGUAGGCUAUUUCGUCCACAAAAUUGGAAACGUCUAUUCACAUGAUAUCACAAAAAAAAUCAGACAUCAGGAAACGAACUUGAUACACAUGAUGCAUGCUGACGUCAAGAGUUGGUCUACUGAACAGGGAAAGCCCCGUUGGCCGUUUAAGGUAUCAGCAACGAAAAUGGAAGUAACAUUAGUUCAUACUGAAAGGCAGUGAUAAACACAUAAUACAGCAAUGUUUUGUUUGUUUUGUAUGCAAAUAAACACCUUAAAAUAUC